GAUUUACGAUUUGACUACACUCGUGUCGACGUUCGUCGGAACAUUUCUUCGUCAUAGGACAUGCAAGACAAGAAGAGUAUAUCUGACAAAUUACGAUACACUUAAGGCUAAAAGAUGUCACCCUUUUGGCAUCGAGGUAAUUAAAUUUUCGGCUUUCUACGGUUAAAUCCAGAUACUAUCCAAUCCAAGACUUUCUUCAUGCGAACUGGAAGUAGCAAGAAGCAAACGACCCUUUAUAACCAUGACUUCCUCGAGCAUCACGUAGGAAAAUGAAGAAAAACAGAAGCGAGAUGGUAGCAUCAGCUGUUGGGCGUUAUUUAAAAGGGAGGCAAUACAUGGAUUCUGACUCCUUCAAGAAGAGCGAUUUGAGACUACAACAGAGUCUUCAUGAUUUGGCUCUCAACACAACCAUCGCAUCUGAGACAGGGACACGGAACCUUGUCCGCUACGGCUGCAUAAGUAAAGAUGCAACUGCAAUUGAUCAUCAGUUCAGCAGCUUGAAAACAUUUAUCGCAGAUGCAUCUGAACCAUUCAAGUCCCAGCUCACAUUCAUCUUGUUCCCUGCAUUUGUACAUUUGUACUUAGAACUCAUCAAUGGAGGACAUAAAGGGUCAGCUCAAAAGUUUCAUGCACGAUACAGGCAUAUGUUUCAGCCCCAGGAACAAUAUCGAAGUGUUGUGGAUGCUCUGCCAAAUGUCACGUCCCCUUCAGAUGUACCUGCUCAUCCGCAAGUAAAGGAGUUUAGAGAAAACAAAUAUUCGUUAAGAUUGUCCGAUGACUGUCUUGAGUAUUUGCUGCAGUUCCUCAAGGACAGUGAUCACAUGAUCCUGCUACAAGUAGUCAGCCUGCACAUUGAUAUCGAUGUGCAGGUAUAUCCAGAAAGAACUAACGGGGCUGCAGCGCCAGGAUUGUUGCCCAAAGUAGAGAAGUUGGCUGGAAAUCAGGAGAGCAACAAGAAUAAAGAGGCCACUGUGUUGUCACUAAAACAGGUUAUCAAAAAGGUGCGAGAUGGGCCACCCUGCUUGCCCUCGGUUUGCCUAUAUGCCGUCUCGCAGGGUACCUCUGGGUUAUGCUCAGCAGCCCAACAAAGCAACGGAAGCCUGCUGGCUUGCGGGUUCGAGAAUUCUUCGGUGCGUUUGUGGAACCUGCAGUCGCAACCCUUGGUCUCGGACACCCAGAACGUUGAUGUCUCGAAAGUUUUCCUCGCAUGUGAUACCGACAGAUUUAAAGACGAGGAAAAUGAGAAUUUCCUCGGAGAAAGGGAUCACAAGGUCUUGAGGGGACAUGCAGGUCCGGUCUACGGUUUGGACUUUAUGCCACAGCUGGAUAUCCUCUUGUCAUGUUCUGAAGACACCACAGUUCGUGCCUGGAACCUGAAGACCCAUUCCAGUGUCGCUAUUUACCAAGGUCAUUCUGCUCCAAUAUGGAGUUUAGAUGUUGGGCCCAUGGGACUAUACUUUGCUACAGCAUCCAAGGACAAUAGUGCCAGGAUAUGGACUUUGGAAAGGACAUAUCCACUCAGGAUACUGGCUGGUCACAACAUGGAUGUUGACUGUGUGAAGUUCCAUCCCAAUUCCAACUAUGUCGCUACGGGGUCCAGUGACCGCUGCGUGCGUCUCUGGUCAGUUCAAGAGGGCCGUUUGGUACGCAGCCUGCCCGCUCACCGGGGAGCCAUCUUUGCUCUCGCUUUCUCACCCAACGGACAGUACCUGGCAUCGGCAGGUGAGGAUCGCAGGAUCAAGGUGUGGGACCUGGCGAGUGCUUCUUUGUUGAAGGAGUUGCGUGGGCACACGGAUGCAGUGUACAGUUUAUCAUUUAGCUGCGAUAGUGCAGUUCUCGCAUCGGGAGGGGCUGAGCCGCAGGUACGGCUCUGGGAUCUCCGCAAGACUUCCGCGAGUCACGCAUCAGCGGCGGACAGCCACAAUUCACCCGAGCUCAUGGCAUCGUUGCCAUCGACAACAUCUGCUUUACAUCUUGUACGAUAUGCGACGCAUAAUUUACUGACACUCGUUGGAACUGUGGCUGCACAGACGUGACCACAAGAUACGUGUACAGGACACUUCAACUCCACUUUGGAAAGCCAUUUCUACGCGCAAAAAAAUCCCCUCAAAACGAGCUUUGUACAUUUCAUUUCAUAAAGAAAGAUAAAUACUAGACAUUG